UGUGAACAAAUACGUUCCUAAUGCAGGCGGGCGUUCACCGAUAUCCGAGGUGACUUAAGAUUUCAACUAUAUAUUUGUCUUGCAAUGAUCUUAUCCCGAGAGGUAAACAAAAAGAAAACAUCACAUUGCAUUUUAUUUCACACAAACCCAAUAAAGUUUGUGACGCAGCACCGCUGAUUCGAUAAGCCGCUGAAAUGUGACACAAGGUUUACUCCAAUACAUGGCCCUUGGGUGCCUGGGAACGUGGUACCUAUCUCUCUUCUUCUGUUAUCCGGUGCUUUUUCAGAAUAUGGUCUGCCCUCUGAAACUGAGACAGUUCAAUCCACCUGGACCUUAUGUCAUGUCGCAUUAUCAAACUGACCCCAAUAGGAACAAUAACCACUUGUUUCCCGUGGUGCCCAUGCAAUACUGGCUACAAAGACACUUGCAAUAUCCAGUACCUUCUGGACGCACUUCCGGUUCAACAAGGGAUUCUGCGACCCCAACUAGACUAACCAACCCCGAUGAUGGGGAUGCUACCUCUAAGUGGGGUUUCAAACCCUCUAUUACCGAGCAGAUUAUGAAAACAAUAUUUCCUUCAUACAGGAGUCAUGAACGACCCAAUGAAAUGUCUUCUGACCCGACUAAUGUACACGUUUUCAUUCAUAUUCUCGCCGUUACGUCCAUCAAUGUGGUACAAAUGCAGUACACUGUCGAUUUGUACCUACGUCAGCAAUGGACAGAUCCACGGUUGGCUUGGGAAACAUACAGUCAUCUGAAGCAUCAUCAAAACAGCAUAUUACUCACGGGACAAAAACAUCGUUUGUGGCUUCCGGAUUUAUUUUUUAGAAAUGGCAAGAAAGGAUUUACACAUGACAUGUCUGUUCCCAACUUUUUGAUCCGGGUCUCGCCUGACGGGAGUGUGUUGUACAGUCAGAAAAUCACACUGAUUCUAUCCUGUUCAAUGUACCUGAAAAAUUAUCCAAUGGAUCAUCAAGAAUGCCAUAUGAAUUUGGGCUCCUAUGGGUACACGGUGGAUGAGUUAAAGUUUGUGUGGCGCGAAGAGGGAGCAGUCACUGUAGCAGAUAAUUUACAGUUGCUUGAAUUCGAAAGUCCUCGAGGAGCAACUACACAAGACUGCACCACCAAUGGCACUACUAGUACCGGUACCUACAGCUGCCUCCUGCUCACCAUCUCUUUUCAACGUUUGGUGGGAUCUUAUCUUGUGACGACUUAUAUCCCUGAGGUGCUGAUUGUGAUGGUUUCAUGGCUGGGAUUUUGGAUUGAUGUAAAGGCGGCUCCGGCUAGAAUCAGUCUUGGACUUCUCACUUUGCUUGCCCUCCUAACCGAGGGUUCAGGUGUUAGCUCAAAACUACCCCGUGUCACGUACAUCAAAGCCAUUGAUGUGUGGAUCAAUACCUGCCUACUCUUUGUGAUUGCGGCGUUGGUCGAAUUCGCUGUUGCCUAUCUCAUUGCACCUAGUGAUCCGCCAUUUGACUGUGAGAACCAAGUACGUGAUAUGAUUCGUGAAGUUUUGUCCGAAACACUAAAAGAUACCCGAUGUUGCUGUUGCUACACCAAGUGCACGAGUCACAAACCCAUCAAACGAGCUCUUUUCUCUAAAACGGGGAAGCAUGUCAACAGUUCCAGCAAAUGCAGUCGAAGCAGCACGGCGACAAAGGGCCGUAGUGAACAUUCAGCGACAGCAGCAACUGUGUGUUGCAAGUCCAUCAAUCAGCAACCACUCUCUACUUCCAACUCCAAGAGGUGCCCUCUAUGUCAAGCGAUAGAGUCCAACUGCUGUCAGUGUCCCCUGUGUGUUCGGAUCAAAUGUUCGAAAGCCCCAAAACUGAAUGUUGAGAAGGCUGAACCCAAUGAAUGCUGCGGCAAGCUAGACAAAAGUGAACCAAGAAGAUCUCGGGACAGACGGCGCAUUGUAAUUCGGGAACCCUGCAGUUCAGAUUACUUCGUUCCCAGCGUACCUGAACGUCAAAGACUGAUCGGAAGUGCACCACUGCAUUAUGUGGAGGAUCCACCAAGGAAGUCAGCACUCAAGGUCAGACGACCAAGCACCAAAGAGCCAGUACCACAAUCGGAACUUCCAGAUGUAGGCUCAAACCAAAAAGAAUCCUUCUUUUCCAUUCGGUCUAUUCUUCGGUUGUUAUAUUUGACCGGCUUGGGGAAACGCAAACGAAUUCCUUCGCCAAGGCGACCCCCGUCAGCAACCACGGGUCAAAAAGAGCAGGCUGAACCUUAUGACUCAGAGAUAGACGCUUAUAGCCGUUUUUUAUUCCCUGCUUGUUUUCUACUCUUCAAUUGCUGCUACUGGUUUUUCUACCUUAUAAUUAACCGUGACUCACCAACCCCCCGAUGAAUGGCCUACUUAUUUUUAAUUGUCUUUCACUACUUCCUAAUGUAGCAGUAGUGUAAAUAUGUAGCAGACGUUUCCCCAACAUCGCUCAGCUCCAUCUAGACCUAGUAUUUGCAGUCUCAGCGCGCUGUCCACCUUAGAGUCUUCAGGCAAAUUAUCUGAGAGUGAAUUUUAUAAUUAUUCCUACAAGAGGUAGACUUUUUAACAGGCGAAAUCUUUUUUCGUUAUGUAUCAUUCUUUGUGAUGACUUCACAUACAAGUUCCGAC